GUAGGUAGCAGCAUCACCAAGAGUCUAGUCGAUCCACGGAGAAUAAAACAAUCGCCUCGUAAUGAGUUACCCGCGGGAGAUGAGCGGCGUCCCGCUGCUGCAGCGCAAUAACCGGAGGUCCGGGUUGUCCCUGUUGUUCGCCAGCCUCUGCAUCGUCGAUAUAUUCGGGGUUUUUCCGAUAAUCGCCCUGCCAGGUGCCAUCGUCCAGUGUGGCUUGCUCGGAAUCCCAUUGGUGGUCGUCGUGGGCACGAUACAGAUCUACACGGCCGUGCUGGUGGGUAAAUCCUGGAACCUAGCUACUAGCAUCGAUCCGAGUAUUACUCGGAAAAAUCGGUACCCAAUGGCCGCUGUCACGGAAUUGACUUUGGGACGAUCGGCGAGCUUGGUGGUUGCAGCCCUGCUCGACUUGAGUAUUUUCGGCGGCGGAGUGCCCAAUUUGUUGGUAGCCUCGCAGAAUUUGCAACUAUUCGGUCUCAAGGUGUCGGAAAGUAAUUUCAACCUGUCCUUUUGUUACUGGCUGCUUGUGGUCGGGGUACUGCUGUGCCCGGUCAUGUGGCUCGGAAGCCCACGAGACAUGAAGUGGCUGACGAUGUUCUCUACGUCGACGAUCUCCGUAGCUACUCUGCUGAUAUGGUGGUCGAUUUUGAAUGAUCACAGAAGUCCGGAUGUCGAACCGAUUCCGAGCUCUCCCUCGUGGGAACAAUUCAUUUCAGGGUACGGCAUGCUGGCAUUUCAAUUCGACGUUCAUCCGACUCUCAUGACCAUUCAAGUGGACAUGAAAAGACCAAAGGACAUCAACAGAGCCAUUGUCUUCUCUUUUCUCACCAUAGUCGCAUCAUUCGGCAUAACGACGGGUCUCGUGGUCUGGCGUUACGGUGGCAGCGCGACCGCCAACGUGCUGGAAAUCGUUCCGCCGGGCUGGACCAUUCAAGUGGCCAUUCUACUGGCCGCUCUCCAGCUCUGCCUGUCCAGUGCCAUAGGACACUCGGCCCUCUUCCAGCACCUCGAGGAUCAGCUACACGUGCGGAGAUCGUUCGGAUGGCGGCGGUGCGCGCUGCGCUCGGCAGUCGUAUUCCUGGCCGUGGCGGUGGGCGAGUCCGUGCCGCGCUUCGACAUAGUCAUGUCCCUGAUUGGCGGCACCCUCACGGGCCCCCUCGUCUUCAUACUGCCGCCGCUGAUGUACGCGCGAGCUAAGGCGCGCCUGCGAGUCACCGACAAUCCACGCCGAUCUUCGGCCCCUGGAUUCCUCUGCUCCGGCCCCGAGCACCAUCCAAAAUCCGACGAGUUUCUGUCCAACCCACGGGCGCACUCCAGAUCGACUCAUUAUGGUUUUCGCAACGGAGACGAAGACAAGAAUGAUGGCUAUUCGUUUAUUUACUACGAUGGUGAGAUGGAAACGAUCGAGGACGAAAUCCAAUCGUUCACCGAGUACGGCAGCAUAUCGACGAAACCCCUUGAUGGACCGAGAAGCGAAAGUCUCCCAGCGAUGACGCAUACCGAUCAUCUUUCGGUGCAAAAUCAAACAAGACUCGAAGGGAGGAUGAAUAGAGCACCAAGAAAGUUUUGGGGUGUGCCAGAUUUAAGCGAUUGCUUUGGAUACUGCGUGGUGAUCAUAGGUAUCUUCACAACCAUCUCGUCGACUUACAUAAAUAUAAGGAAUACCAUAAGAUACGUGAGGUUUAUUCCUCCUUGUAUCAUUAAUGCGACAGCAGAACUUCCAAGUUUGAUUUAAAAUGUCGUUUUUGCCUUUGUUGAUUGUUUGUUGAAUAAAAUUGUUUGUACGCUAUCUUUAACGAUUUUUAACAGAGUUGUAUACACACAUAUAUGUUUUUGUUAGUAAAAUUUAGAAAAUCAAAA